GGACUGUAUGAAACAAAGCCAGCUUCGUGGUCUGUGUUUGAAUAUGUCGGCCAAAGCUAGUCAUGGGACACUAACGCAGGCCCUCGCUUACGAAUACAGCUUCGUUCUCGACACACGGCAUUCGAGAGUACGUCGAUUUGUACACACCUCGCGAAUUGAAGAAAGCGCUCAAUUUCAGUUCUGUGACGGAGGGAAUCCAGGAAAGCGAAGUGAAAGCGAUGCAAGAGAAUUUUUGUCAGUUCCCGAGACGUCUGCUUAAACUUGAUUUCGUACUGCGCAAUUCGUCGUGGAGUGCCUCUGCUUCCUCGGGGCUUUAGAUAUGCAUUGUAAUUUCCGCGUGGAAACCCAUGAUUGUCCCCACUGUUGGAGACUUGAGAAUUCAGGUUGAGAUACAGAGAAAAUCUAUCUCCGUCUUGAUUCUCGGACUGAAAUGGACUCGUCAGAAUUAGACCGUAUACCGAGGGACACGAAUACUGAUAGUAUGACAUCAGAACAACCGGAGGAAGAAAGUGCCUUGACUAAGGAUCUAGAUGAAGAAAUAAUCGAGGGAAUGAAGGGUGCUGGAAAUUCGCAGAAUUGCCCAACUAGACAGCGAGUCGCCGGUUUAAUCUUGUCCAGGCCUAGUGAUGAUAUUGUGUCAUUUCUUAUCAAGAGGUCGAAAAACUCAUGGCAAGAAACUCUGGAGUAUUUGAAAGCCAUUUUUAAUGCACUGGGACCUUUGGCUCUGGAAACUCAAUCAUCAAAUUCUGGCCAAUUGCUCGUUUCCAUUUUUGUGACAGUCAUUGAUCUAGUGCACUCAUACGGAGCUGUGGACAACAGAAUAGGCGACUGUGUAAAUUAUUUGAUUCAAGAAAUGGAAAGGCUUCCUCGGAAGUUACUUCCAACUAUUGCUGAGUCCAUUCUCUCACAUCUCGAUAACGGAGCUGAUCAAGACUUGCUGGAUUCCGGUGAAAGUCGCUACCAACAUCUUCUCGAAUUCCUGCCUAGGUGCUUGGGCUUGAUAGUCUCUGCAGAGUCAGUUUUGAUACCUUGUGAAGGAGUCGAUUCUACCUCAAUGUCUGGAGCCCAAUAUAGAGAGGUCAUGUUGAAACGUUUACUGGCCAUGUGUUGGUCGAAAAAGUUCGUAACAAAAAUGGCAAGUUUACUUCGAGAACUUCCACUCGAAACAGGAGAGAUGGACGGAUUCGUACGUAAACUCUUCUUCCAUAUGAAAGAUGCCGAGCCGCAAGACCUUCCUUCUUUGGCCUAUCAAUUGCUGUUAUUGGCCUCAAAAGGAUUCAAGCGGAUCGUGAUGAUCGGACUAAUUAACUUUUUCAACAAGUUGCACACCUUUGAGACCAACAGGAGGAACAGGGGCGGAAAAGGUCAAGCGUUUCGAGCGAAGCCGUCUGUAGAUGCUUUCCGGCAGAUGGAAGGCACCAUAGUUUUGCACAUCAAUUUUGCAGUAAAGCAAGAUCCAGCGUUAGGACAGGAGUUGCUUUAUCUUGUUCGAACGAAUGCUUGGCCUUCCACACCGUUCUUGGUCUCGGUGUUGCUAUCCAUAGGCCGCAUACAACGAUUUGAGCAAGCUUCCUUCGACCUUCUGAAGGCUGCAGCCGUUAAGUGUUACAAAGACUGUCAACAAUGCAGAGAUUCUCGACUGGCAGCGUCCAUAUUGGGCGCAAAAUGCACGCAGGCCGCCAAAGAGAUGGAGCAGUCUUUCAUGCGGACGGUACAAAGCAGUUCUUUUGGUUGGGAUCAUAUUAUCCCUAGUGUCGUACGCCUCGGUUUUUGCUUGAUUGAAUCCGUAGGGGUCGGACGACCAAGACUAGACGAAGGUUCGCGAUCGUCAGACCAAGUUUCGUUAACACAAGAACUGGGGAUACGUGUGCUGACCGCGGCCUUUGAAGUGCAUGAAAUGGCCCGUGAUGAGAUAAUUGAGCAAUGCAAGUGCAGGAUUCUUGGACUCAGGCCUCAGCACAGUGCACCUAUUAUCAGGGUCAUUGUCCAGCUAGUGAAAGAUUGCCCGCAGCUGAUGCUGGAGCACAGUGCCCGACUGAAGGAAUGUUUGGACUACUUCACGUUUCUUUCGUCUACUGCUGCAUCUUCUCUUCUUCAAGCUAUCUGCCCUCUCUUUCAGAUUAGCCGCGACCUGCAGGAUUACACUAUCUUGGUUUUACGUAAGGCCAUGUUCGGUCGAGAAGAAUCCGCUAGAAUGACUGCAGUACACGGACUGCUGGAACUUAUCAUAGCCGAGAAGCAAGCUCGUAUGUGCGAUUCCGAUGCAGUGAAUUUCCGGAACCGCUAUAGUGAAGCCAGUUGCAGUCAGAGCUCAUCCCAGGUUGACAGGAUUCGCUUGUCUGGAAAGACUAAUGUUAAUCUGCUCCAAGAUCUUUUGGGUCUACUGAGGAGGUGCCUCUCGCAGCAGGUAAACGUAAGGGAAACACUGUAUCAAGGUCUACCAAAGCUCCUGCAGGUUGACCCAGACGCAGAGGAGAAUAUAUUUGAUCUUAUUUUCCCCCACUUCUCUCGGUUUUAUCUGUCUGGACCGGAAAACACAGUAUCAUUCGAACUGGAUUUGUGCGUUGUUGUUCAAAACGACAAGGUUCGUGUGGUCGAACCACUUGACCACUUAUUGUCCUGCAUUCAUCAACUACUGGUUCUUCAACGAACUGAAUCUGCGCAUUCGAUGCCGUCCUUUGAAGAACAAGAGGCAUCGAAACUGUCCUCAGCAGAAUCUUUAGGGAUGGCGUUUCACAGCAUCAGAAAAACAGUGAACACGAGUUCUCUGGGAGACUUUUAUCGGGACAAAACAUUGGAGUUUUCCCCAGACACAAUUGAGGGCGAGAAAAACUUAGAACAGGCUUGGCUUCUGCUCGGAGUGCUGGAGGUUCUCAUGGACUGUGCUGUCCAGGAUUGUAUACGUCAAUCAUCUAUAACUAGGCGUGUGGAGAUUGAAAAGGAGUUACAUUCUUACCUAGAUCUUCACGACUCUCUGUUUCAGAUGUUGGGUCAGAAACAAGUAAAGAGUGCAGCCAGGGUUUCAGGGAAAUCGGGAAGCAAAGGACGUGGAAAAGCAGCUGCAGCCAAAGAUCCUGGUGUUCAAAACGUGGGAAAGAGUGUGAACUUUUCUGCCCCUCGCAACUUGGUUGACAAGCGGAAGCCAUUGCUUAGUAGUGUUUGUAUUGUUUACCUUCUCAAUGAGUAUGCUAGUUACUUGCACUCAAGUAAUUCUGUUGGUGUAGGCGAAAGGGGUAGUCAGUCGGCUGGCAGACAAGCUGGCCCCGCAGGGGCAUCUCAAAUAGAAUCCAAUGGCAACGAAAGCAGGAUUGCUAGCUUCGCUCUUCACACCUGUAUUAGGCACUUGAAGAAUAUACGCUGUGAGAUUUUUGAGCAAGAGCCCACGAGGGUUGGAAAUACAGAUUGGAAGCAGCUCGCAAGUCCUCUAUUCAGAGUUGUGAGAGCACUGAGCCUGUCAGGAAAAAGUACUGCGCAAGGGACACAAGACGGCACUAAAGAGAAGGGCAAGCUUAGUAGAGGAAAGAAAUCUGAUAUCGAUAUGUGCGAGGGUCUCUUGCCCACAGCGAUCAAAUGCCUUGACGAGUUGAUGAAUAAUGCGAUUCGUAAAGGGUGUCUUCCCGAGAUCAUAAAGCAGAUCAACAUAGACUGCAACGAACCUUCUGAGGAGCAAGUUGCUGCAGAUAAAGAUGACGAGAAUCAGGAAUCUGAUGAGGAAACUGCCUUCUCUGCAAAUUAUCAAGGGCAUACAUAUGUUGAGUCAGAAGCAAAGCUCAUUCACAAUUGGCUGCUGAACGAAUUUCGUCCCAUAUUACAAGCACUGUUGAGUCGUGCUCAUUAUCCCGACGUUGAGGUUUUUGCAUCGCUCUAUGAAAGACUCGGAAGCAAGCUACCUCAAGGAUUGAUGAAGAGACAUGGCAAGUGGGCACAUCUGACAUGCAAGGAACAAGGGGUACGCCAUUUAGGUGCUGCUCGCAGUCUCAUAAGCUUGGCAAUCUGCCUGAACACAGCACCAGACGAUCUUGUUGUGGCACAGAGCCUAGCUGCCGAAUUGUUGAUGGUUGUGGGCUCCGACGAGCAUGAGGCAGUUGAGAGCUCUGAACAAUACCCCAUCAUAAACAAGGCGACACGAGCUGCCGUUGGUGGUUUUCUUCUUCAGCGGACAGAGGUUGCACUUGUCGAUUUGGAAUGGGUAGUAUCAAAACUGAAGAUCCAAGCAUGUCUAGAUGUUGAUCAAAAGACGCCUCUACAUCCUGGAGGUUCUCAACGCCCCGGAAAUUCUCAGCGAGCUAUACUGGAGGACACCUUGUACACGCGUUUGGAAUCAACUGUAUCGGUCCUCUCCCUUUUCACAACCAUGACACUUACUGGUACUCUCGCGGAGCAGUUGCUCAAAUCAGCCACUCGCUUCUACAAGUGCCUGGCAGCUGCCACUCGCCUCCUUAUUGCACCCAAAGGCGUAAUUCAAGUGCCUCCCAGCAUUCGAUUUCAAAAGCUUGCAGAGGCGACCUGCAAGAAGCUCACCGCUCCAAUUUACACAUUCAUGUCCGCAAUGCAAAGAGACCAGCAAGAUGUCUCUAUCUCAAAGGCGAGAGGAACAGUAUCACAAAUCAAGCGUGAGGGCCGAACAAUCCCAAAUUUGAUCUACCAUAUUGAGGAAGGUGAACGCUAUCUUAUCCAGCUGAGUAGAGUUUCCAAGGUAAACUUAUUACGGGCAGCCAAGCGGAGUACUGCUCGAGACUUCAAAAUAGUCGAAAAAGAUGGCAAAAAGCGUAAGCAAAGCCGCACUGAGGUGGCUGAGAACGAAGAGCCAGUUGAAGAUAAGGAUGAGGACGAACCAGAAGCUUGUCCGGAGGAAUCCGAGGGAGAAGAAGAUAUUCAGGCACGGGAUGAAGAAACCUCAGAAAACCACGAUGAAGCAGCUGAAGAAGACACAGAAGUAGCGGUGAAUAUUCACAAAGGGAAAUCUCGUGCAAGACGAAGUAGAUUUGGGCGUCCAGCAUCUAGGGUCAGAGUAGUCCAGGAUUCAGAUGAAUCUGAUGACGACGAUUCUAAUGCUAACCACAAAAGGCAACGAUCUUCUUAAAUCUGUACCUGAAACUUGAGCUGAGUAGGAAGAAAUUUUUUUCCUAUCUUUAGGGGCGUUGUACAGUUAACUCAAACCCACGAUAUCGCGACUUUGUCCUCCACUUCGCAAGAAAGUGACGAAGGCAAGAAGUUAACUAGCACCAACCGAGUUGGCAGUAUGGAGAGCAAGAGAAGGCUGUUACCCAGACUUGGAUGAAGAAUGAUAACUUGUGAGAAAGACAAGCGCUCCCUAUAUUACUUGGUCCAGGGAACCAAGUAAUGUAACGAGUGAUCGUCCCAAGUUCGUAUCAAGUCCUGCCAUAGACGUGCUCCACAGUAUCACAACAUACCCAGACAUGAGUAACAAGCAAGCUUUUGCAUCGUGGCCGGGCUGUUUUAGAGCUCUCUGAGUAGGGUGUGUCGGUGCAAGAGCAGUCCCUGGACAUUUUCGAGUUGUCCUGCAAUUUGACUCCAUCCUCGAGUACAAUUGAAUCGUAUUCGACUCCGUCCUCGAAUACGAUUCAAUUUUAUCCGAGGUUGUAUUUAUAUGUGGUAUUGUGCUCAGCAAAUUUGUGCUAGAGUCUUCGUUAAAACAGGUAAUAAGAGCUGCUUCUGUAGCUGAUUUUCUAACACCCGAGCCGCCAAUGAAUUAAUGGCUGUCCAAAUAAACAGAACCAGUGCAAUGCAUUUUGUUGUGGUAUUGCUGAGGAACUGGACGUGUGUAAUCUUCACACUUGCAAUCAUCGGACAUGACGGCCGUAUUCAGUGAGAUAUAUUUGCUCUUUCUGCGUAGACUUAUUAUCGAUCUAGGUGUCAUCCG